AUGAAUAUCACUUCAGAAGUACUCCAGCACUGGCUGAAAGCUUGGAACCUGUCUCGGAGAGAGUUCAUAGAGACCUUUAACUUACAGCCGUUGGUUUACGUGCCGGAGCUACCGCUCAGCCUGAAGGUCCUUUUCUCCGCCCUUUACCUGCUGAUCUUCAUCUUGGCUCUUCUUGGCAACUGCCUGGUCAUCCACAAGAACGUGAAGGUUCCCGCCAAAACCUCCAGCUGUGUCUUCAUCACCUCACUGGCCGUCAGCGAUUUGCUCAUCUCCGUCUUCUGUGUCCCGUUCACCCUUCUCCAGCACCUGUCAGCCAACUGGAUCGCUGGUGAGUUCCUGUGCAAGAUGGUGUCAUUUGUCCAAACCAUGGCUGUCUCCACGGGGAUUCUGACCAUGGUGUGCAUCGCAGUAGAGCGCUUCCAGGGCGUCCUUUACCCGCUGCGGCCCCGAAGCACCAGUGCAUCCUUGCAGGGAAAGAAGCUGAUAGUAGCGGUCUGGCUGUCCGCGAUGGCUAUCGCUUCACCGCUGUGGUAUGCACAGAAGAUUGAGGUACAGCACGAUUUCCUCUUCGAGGUGCACUACACCUGCUGUCAGGAGAUCUGGCACCAGCCACAGCAAAGGAGGGCCUACACCACUGUCAUCCUGAUUCUGGUGUUCCUUGUCCCACUGCUCACGCUGGCCGGCAUCUACGGAAAGGUGGCACAUGAGUUGUGGUUCAAGCAUCGUGUUUACGACUCCGUCUUUCAAGCCCUGUCUGGAGCUGAGAUGAGCAAGCGAACAAGAAGGAAGAAGCACGCAGUGAAGAAGAUGGUGGCUGUGGUGAUCGUGUUUGCUGUUUGCUGGGCUCCAUUCCACCUCGUCAUCAUGCUCUCGGAUUACGGUAAGCUGCAGCUGGACGCAGAGAAGGAGACCAUUCUGUUCGCCUCAGUGCAGCUCCUGGGUUUCAGUAACUCAACCUGCAACCCCAUCAUCUACAUGGCCCUGAGGGAAAACGUGAAGGGUUUCCCUAGAACCCUGCGCUGCCAGAGGAUGAGGAGGAGACGGAGAACCUCGGGCGAGAGGGCGGAGCAAAAUGCCUCCCGGUCCCGCAUCGACACUCUGCCCUUACAGCCACGCCCAGCGUGGGCGAGCAAGUCAAGCCCAGGUGACCACUUCUCACAGGUUCACCUGCUCGAGGCCUCAGAGCAGCGCAAGAGCAUUCUCGCACUGACUGUCAUGGAUCCCAUCAACCCUUGA